AUGACUCAAUCUGAUACCGAAGCGGCCGGUCUUCACGAGUUCUUCUUCUUGCGGCACGGCGAACGCCGCGACCAGCGCGACUCCAACUGGCGCCUGACUUCACCCACACCCUACGACUCGCCGCUCACUUAUCAUGGUGCAAUACAAGCACUACUCACUGGUCAAGCGAUUGCACAGCAUUCGCAAGGAACGCGAUUUGUGAUUCAUACAUCACCUUUUUUGCGGUGCAUACAGACAAGUCUUGCACUGGCCGCAGCGUUGCCGACACGCCCAGUCUUGCGCAUUGAUGCGUUCCUAGGGGAGUGGAUGACACCAGACUAUUACAAGGAUAUACAACCACCGCCUGCUAUGAGCGAGCUGGUGCAGAGCGCGAGACAAACGAUACAAUCGCUGGUAAGGAAACGCAAACUAGCUGUCGAGGCGAACGCGGAGCCACAAAACUUCAGCAGUAGUGUAUUACAGGAUAGUGACUUUCCCUACGAUCCAUCCAAUGUUCAGCUCGACAUUGCCUGGGAUUCCCAGCAGUUUGGACCAGGCGGCGAGUUGGGCGAGGAUUGGCCUGAAAUGCACGAUCGCGUCCGGCGCGGUCUACAUCGGCUCAUUGACAAUUUUGACCAGCCGACAAGUUCAAAUCAACCGCGUACUGUUGUCAUUCUUGUUUCGCAUGCAGCAGGGUGUAAUGCUAUGCUCGGUGCUGUCACCGGCAGGCCGGUCCUGAAAGACGUUGAGCUCUGUUCACUGUCGCAUGCAGUGGCUCGUGAUUGCCCUCAUACACACGUCCUCUCGGCAGCAGCAGCGAGUUUGUCUGAGACUCUCUCGAAGCGAUCUGCCAGACUUAGUCAGCGCUACAUUCUACUCAUGACGGCUGACAGUGCCCAUCUGAACCAGGAACAGCUGGACUUGCUGCCAGCCGGCAAAAGUCCUCUCGGCAGUGCAUGUGCAACAUCACCGGACUUGGAGCAGUACAGCAGCAGCUGGUCCUGGAUUAUGGCAACGGCGCUUACCGACGAGUGCGACGGCGCCUGA